GUUAUACCAAUAAAUCACUUAUUCAAACAGUUUCCAUGGACAGAACUGUAAAGAUCGUGAAGUGAAUAUAUAAAAUGCGAUUUUCAAAGUUAAGUGUCUUUGUAUUUCUGUGUUUGAAUUGCGAAGGUCUUACAGACGAAAGGAGAUAUGUUUUCUAUCAUAAAGUAGAACAAAACUCAGUAACUCAAUAUGAUACUAUAACAUUACAAGCCAAAAGCCGCAUUGACUGUGCCAGAGAGUGUCAGCUAGAAAAGUGUGCCUGCUUCUCCUAUAGCAAUGAGGCCUGCUCUAUUGGAAAGUGUGAUUUGGCCGCCAAUACUUCAGGUGGAAGUCAAGAGAUUUACGUUUCUUGUUAUGGAAACGAUGGCUUUAACUUCAUUACCAUUGGUUCAGCUAGCGCAUGCGUGUGGGUGUCGACAAACGCAACAAGUUACAUGACUGCCAGAGAUGACUGCAGAGCCAAAGAUGCUCACCUGUAUACUGUCAAGACAAUGGAAAAGCUGACAUGGCUUCAAUCGAAUUACAAUUCUAUGUCUUUAUGGAUCGGUCUAAACGACAUUGAUGUAGAAGGAACAUACAGGUGGGAAGAUGACAAUACCGUCUGCAGCCAGAGCUGGAUUAAUCAGACUUUUGCUACAGGUGAGCCAAAUAACCAUUUCUAUCCAGGAGGUAACUACGAUGAAGACUGUAUUAGCUUCUUUUACAGUGUACCGCUCCUGAAUGAUGCACCUUGUGUUUCAAUGAAUACCUACAUUUGUGAAAAGCCUUUUUUCAACUUUCCAUAAACAACUUUGACGACUUGUCAACUGCUAGUUUUUUUUUCACCGACAAGCCUCUACAUCUGCGAGAAGUCGUGUUUUUUUUUUAAUCAAUCUCUUUAGCUCAAGUUGUAAAUCAGUAACACCCAACAUACGGUCCGCGGGCCAUAUCCGGCACAUGACGCGUUGCUGACCACACCAAGAAACAUUUCUCUCUACAGUACUCAGUGAAGCCACAAAGAUUCUUUUUCAAUCACGCAAAGAUUUUUACAAAACUCACUCGUCUGUCUGUCUGUCUGUCUGUCAUGUACAAAUUGUGUAUAAUUUUUUUCUCCCAUUUCCCAUCCUCGGAUCAAAUUGAAAUUUGCCACAAAUUUUACCAAGGUACACUUACUAACAAGUGAUGAAGACUGCAUAAUUUUCAAAAAUUACUUACAUUUGCUAAAUGAUGUAGCUUGUUUUUUUUUUUGUUUCAGCCGUUGUAUCACCUACCUCUAUAUUUGUGACAAAUUAUUUCUUUAACUUUUCUUCAUAUAAAUUUUAACAAAAUGUCACCUGUUCGUUCACAGGCAUCUGAAAAUACAAAUAAAGUAUCACGUUUAAACAUACUCUUGUCAAUUUCUUUUUAAAAUAUAUAAUUCUGAAAACGGUAAUUCUAUGGUAAUGCUAUUUUUUUUAUUACUGCUAUUGCUAUAUAUUGAUUUAAAAAAAAAAAAUCCUUUUAGUUCCAGGUGUAUAUAAUAUACUGUCAGACUAUGUUAAUUAUGUCUUUGGAUUUGUAUGUCUUGAUUGGCACCUUUUCAUAUCUAUUGAUUGUAUUAACAUACUGUUCUAACUCUGCCAUGCGCACCGCCAUCUAAGCUAGUGCAGAAGGUGCGCACUGUUAGAGACUGGACUGAGAAGGAUGUCAACAUGAGGAAGUAGAACGAUUUCCGCCCAAGUCUAGAGCCGAUGUA